GCAGUCGGCUAUCCCCACCACCUUAGAGAAGGAUUCCCUCCAGCAUGUGUUUAUCUGUUUGUGUUUAUCUCAUGCAUUAACCUCACUUUAAUCAGUUGAAUCUUGAUUCAGUCAUCGGUGAUCUCUAAACAGAGAACAAAAGCCUGGAAGUCAAGCCCGCUGACCUCCGGGACGUACGACCUAAUUAUGGUACUUAGAUCCAUACGGAUCUGACAACCAAGGGCUACAAGAAGAAGAAAGUCUCUGAACAGGAAAGCAGUGCAGUGCGCUGUAUAACCUCACAGGAAGGUUGAAGGCGCAAUAUAGACAGAAUAAUAUAGUAAGAGAGUAAAAAGACUAUAUAGAAUAAGUAACUCUGUGUCAUAGAACCCUAAGGAUUGGGUUGAAGGCACACAAGUUCCCCAACCGGGGAGCAUAACCUCCAAAAAAAAAUGAAGGCGCAAUAAUCCAUCAGCUGGUGGACUGUGGAGCAAAAGGAAAAAAACAAGAAAACAAAUUGAUCGGUGAUCUCACAGCUCACUGCGUCGGUGUAUCCCUCAGAACAUAUAUUACAAUUAUUAUUAUUAUUGUAAUAUAUGUUCCAAGGUGUAUCCAUAGGCGCAGAUGGCGAGUCUCCAGAGUACCGACGAUCUAAUGAAAGAAGUCGAACUGCCGUUCGACCGGGGUGACUGGAUCGGACGUAAUGCACUUGGUAAAAAUGAAAGCGGCACAACGGAACCCGUAAAACUUCCGUUGAAUCAGAAAUAUCAUAAUGCGGCGAAUACAGUUUUCGAGAGGCUCGUCCUGCCUUCGCGCAACAAAUCAUUGCGUGACGACAUUGCCAAUAAUGUUAAGAUCCAGGCGCACGGUAUUGAUUAUGUACGGAGCAUUGAUUGUGGCUCAGAGCUCUCUCACUUCGCUGUAUCGCCAACAUACGCUCAUAGCGCACUCUACACGACCAAUAAAAUAAUGGACGCAACAAAAGAAACCGCAGAAAUAAAGGAAUUACUUUUGCCAGAUAACUCACCGUUGACCACUGAUUUUAUUUCUGGACGGAUCUUCGGAGAUGCACUUGAUGAGCGUCCAGUAGGCUUUAUUCGUAAAAUAGAUAGAAGUAGUUUCCAUAGAGAAGGCCAAAAAUUGGAUACAGGACAUGUAAAUCAAAUAUUAAGGAAUAUCAUAACAAAGAAAGAUCGGCACUGCUUGUGUUUAAGGUUCCUCAAAAGGCCUACUGAAAAGCCGAAGGGUGGAAUUUUCGCAGAUCAAGUGAAUUCUGUAAUAAAAGACUUGGCAACGUGUAGUCUUACCAAGGAGGUAAAUGCAAACACCAUUAAAAAGAAACCCACUCAAACUCAUCUCACGCAAGUUUAAAAAAAAAGGAAAAGUUUUUUUACAAUUUACAACUGAUUAUUAGAUAUUGUUUAGAAUGUUUAAGUUAUAACUUUUACACCGUGCUCGUCGUAUGUUUCGGCAAAUUUUGUACUUAAAUUGAUAUAAGUGAAUAUAAUAAGUUUUAUAAUUACGAAACGCUUUUGACUGAAAGGAGCUUUACUUGUACAUAUAAACAGGAAUAAAAUAUGAAAUGUAAAAAUAA